AACUUAACCUCAAUUUGACGUUUCUUGUUAAAGUUUGUUAUGUUGUUAAAUAAACAUAAAGUAUUUGCAUUCGUAGAAUAAUGAAUUGGUGAUAUAUAACGAUUUCGCUAUGAUCAAUAACGGAAAAGUAAAUGUUGAAAGCCAAUUACAAGUGGCCAUAGGUACCCUUUUAUCAUCAGUUACUGAUAAAAGUAUACUAGUGUUGGAGACGGUGAAGAGUUCUCUGAGAAAAUUAUCAGAAAAGCAUCCAAAUCAAGUUUUGGAAUCAUGUUGUCAAUUUUGUACCAAAAACCCCAAACCUUCACCCGAACAUAUUGCUUCAAUUUUGAUUAUAAUGGAAGCAGUAUGCUCCGACCAUAUUCUCAAAAUUGACGGAGAUACCAUUAUCAGGGUUAUAGACAUCAGUUUAUCUAUCAUGACUGAAAAUGUCAGUUACGAUCCACUCAUUCAGAUGCCCUCGUGUGGAAUAUUGGUAGCGCUUGGAAGAGAACAUUAUGUUCAAGUAAUGGAUUCGCUCUGUGGAAAAAUUCAAUCAGGAGUAUUGCCUCAUUUCAUGGUUCCACAUACAUUUGGGGCAAUGGCAAGUACCAAUGCAAAUGGAAUAAUUCUUUAUCUAAAAGAUAUUCUUGCCAUAAUGAUUCCCCUUUUGGGAGGUUUGAGGUCUGAUAUACUGAAACAGUCUUUUGGGUUUGCUUUGGGUAAUUUUUGUGAUGCAUUAAUGGAGUAUGUAUCGAACAAUGAAAAAGUUCCUGAUCCCACAAUAUCUUUGGAAAAUUUCAACAUUGAAUUUGGCAUGGUUUAUGAUGUUUUAUUUACAACUUGGCUAUUUUCUCGUGAACCUAAAGUAACACAAAGCACUUUGGAUGUUAUAUCUUCCAUAUUCCCAGUAUUGAAUCUAGAUAAAGUAACUCAGCAAACUUCAAAACUCAUACAAGUCUUAUUGAACCUUUACAAAAAGAACAUCGAUCCAUAUAAUAUCACGAAAUGUUUAGGAUCAGUCAUCCAAAAGGCUGCUUCAGUGAACGGAACCCUUUUGGAACCUCUGUUGAUGAAUAUCCUGAAUACCAUCUUUGAUUUGAUUUGCGUGUCACCUGAUUAUGCUCAACCUGGUUUGCUGAAAAGCCACUCUGAAGUGUUAAGGUGUUACGAAUGUUUUGCUUUGCACUUCACUGAUAAUACUAUAGAUCAGUUAUUGAUCCAGCUGAAGAAUAAUAAUGAAAAAGAGAGAGUGAAGUCUCUAAUUGUUUUAACACAUCUUGUAUCUUAUUCUAAAGAUCAUUCAAUUAAUAGGAGAUUCAAAGAUGUAAUUAGGUAUCUGAGAGAACUGUUGAGCGAUAAUCAUAUCAGAGUGAAGGAGGCUCUGGUUAAAAUUAUUGUUGCUUUUUCAUGCAAGAAAGUACUGCUUGAUAAAGAGGUGAAUCCCGAUGGCCCUGAAAAGUACAUGGAGUUUAUUCUAAAAAUGUGUUGUAAGCAAGUUCUUCCUAAGAAUAGUGAUGUGGACUUGCAGGAGUUGCAAAACAUUCAAAAAUCAACAGACAACACUUUAUAUAUGUUGAGUACUUCUGUUGCUGAGCUGGAAGUCAUUUUGUGGGACCUUUUGCUGAAGUGUUUUCUAAGUCCGGCCUACGAUGAUGCCAUCGUCAUUAUAUUGAGAUGUUUGACACAUUUAGCUUCGAAGAAAGAAAAAGUUGAGAGUUGUGAAACAGCAUUCAUCAGGUGUCUUUCUCUGCUAUCCAAUCCUCUACCGAACUUCAGAGGUUGCUACAUACUGAAUUUCCUGAAAAACAUCAAACCAUGCAAAGUAGAUGCUUACAAAGCUGUCUGGGAUGUAAAAAUACCUCAACUGUUGAAAUAUUUGGAACAAAACUACGAGCAUUUUAAUACUACAGAAUGGCAAGAUCUUUUAUUUGACUUUUUGAAUAUUUUGUUAGAAACUACUAACAAUGGACCUUUCAAUGAAGUUAUCGUAUCCAAAGCAACAAGUCAGCUUGAUGUGUAUAAUAAUUCCAGAUACAUGGGAAAUGGCAAUGGGGAAUUGCAAAUGAAACAAAUUGAGAAACAUUUUCUACUAAAAUGUCUUUCCAUAGCUUUGUGUUACCUCAAAGAUAAAGAGAUUGUAUUGCAGACAUUAGACAACAUUCUAGUCAACGUCAAAUUAACUGACUACUCUGAAUUGCAUACCUGCGCUGAAGCAGUAGGUAUUUGCUCUCGUUCACACUUACAGAUAGUACUUGACAAACUUGCCCUAAUAAGAAAAGAAGUGCUUAACAAGAAGACAUUGAAAUUUUUCACCUUCAUUAAAGACCAGAAACACGACCUUGGUGUAGAGCGCCUAAGGUACACGAUUCUGUAUAGUUAUUCUGAGAUUUGCAAUGAGGCGCCUUCGGAUAAACUUUUGAAGGUUAUUGAGAGUGAAAUUUUGGAUUAUGCCGUCAAUGAAUUGGUGAAUUCGAAAGAUUUCUCAAUGAGGAAGGUAUGUUUGCGAACAAUACAUUCUGUUGCAGAUGCGAUGCAUCCAAACAGAAACCUGCUUCAUAUAAGAAUGAAUGAUAGGGAUAAGGUCAUCAAGUUAGUAUCAUCACAAACCCAACUUCACAGCGGUCCUGAGUAUAUCGAACUUUUUCCUACAAUAAUUCCAACCAUAACAGCAUUGGUCAGACUACCUUUGCCAAUUGAAUCAGAAGAUAGAAUAAAACUGAUUAAAUUGUUUUUCGAUAAUGUCUUCAAUGCUUCAGCUAUAUACUGCAAAAUUAAUACAGGAAACCCAGAUAGCUAUUACGGUGAUCUCAAGUUGGUACCUUCUGUAACGAAAAGCUUCACUGAACUUAACCAGCUAGUGCAGGAGCUCCUUCUGCAGAGUCUUUCUCCUGCAACAUUGGAUGAAAUAGUAACUCUUUUAGAACCGUGGCUGGGUAAGAAAAGGGCGGAGCAAAGACUACCAGCAGCUGAAACUUUGAGGUUGAUUCUACAAGGCUACCUAGAAAAUAUGAAGUUUGCCUAUGAGAGUCCCACCAGUUUUGGGCAAACAGGGUCCCUGUUGGCAAAAGUUGUUCCAAGAUGCACAGAUCCAAAUAAAAAUAUAAGAAAGGUCGCCGUCGAGUGUAUGUGCUUGAUCCUUUGCAUAGCCUCUAGAUACGAAGGUCACAUGCGAGAACACGACAAAGUGCUAAGUAAUUCUCUACAACACAUCCAACAGCAAAUAGAUUCAGAUGAUCCGAAACUACUCUACAACCUAACCAGCGAUCUAGCUCACAUAGUGUGUCUCAACUUAUCUCCCUUCCAGCUGAUACACUGUGUCGAAGGUCUGCUAGAUGCUCUCCUCGAUUGUGAAUCCUCCAGCUCAAAUGGCAGCAGCGUUGUACUCAAUACGAUUUUAAAAAAUAAAGGUGGCGAGUUGCAGAGCCACGUUACCCCUGUGUUAGAAAAACUUUUGAAGCAACUAUACAAGAUUCAAUGUAUGAGAACGAAAUCUUCUAGUUACAGAGGAAUUUUGAAUCUGGCUAUGCAUCAUUCCAGAACUGUGUGUGGAAUUCUACUGACGCAGCCACUACCAUUAGAUAGUUCAAUCUGUGAAUGUUGGUCUAUUAUUUCAACCGAUUCCACUCUAGCACAUGAUAUAGUGGACCAGCUGAAAAAACAUAUUAAAUCAACACCUCUAUAUGAAGACCAAGCUGAUGCUGAACUGAAACUGGCAAAUCUUCAACCUCUUCAAGCCAUAUGUGCACUACACGAACUUCUCAAAAACGUCCAACUCAAAGAUAUAUGCUUGCAGCAGUUUUCCGAGUUAUUUUCAAUUUUACUAGUUUGUAUGGUUUCCUAUAUGGGUGUGGUAGCGCCAGCCGUUAAAAAAAGUGAAAAGAAGGAUAAGUACGGAUUCAGUUUCAACCGAGAUGCAUACAAAGUUGUUCCUGCAAAAAUAGCAGCCGAAACAUUUCGGUUGUUCCUAGUAUGCUGUGAAUUUGAAAAAAUGGAAAAAAGCCUAUUGGCGAUAACAAAUACUGACUCUUUCGAGGAUAUUAACUUGUUUAUCGAGGUUAUUCGAGGAUUGGUCGACAGCAUAUGUGUAGAACAUCCACAAUCGUUGUCAUGGCUCGUGGCUUGCUUAGGGCCUUACAUCAGAGCCGACUUGGAGCCACAGAGAGUGGCCACCGUCGCAUUCUUCACCCACUUUCUCCAGCAGGGCAGUAACGAGCAGACAGUUCUUACAGAAAAUUUGUUGGAAAUGAUAUUGGAUGUUCAAGGUGACCAGAGUUGUCUUGUGAGGAAACUCGGUUUGCAGGGUUUAGGUUACGCUGCUGAACAUUUGAGCUAUGAUCUGGUGUCCAGACAUUGUAACCCUAUACUUAGUGUUUUGAUGAACAGUUUGGAUUAUAACAAUAUCAGUAAUGAAGGUGCCGUAAUCUUGGAAGGAAUGUCUAGCUUCUCGAAGUUACUCAACGCAAUGACUGGUUGUAAGUUCAGUUCUUUUCAAGUGACGGCUGCUGUAAGAAUAAAACCCCUCUUGGAUCAGGAAGAUGUGAACCUGAGAAGAGCAUCAUUCCAUCUGUUGGGUGAUUUAACGCAAUCUCUCCAUUCUGAAGCAAAUCUGGAAGCUUUCAGAGAACAAAUCCAUGGAAAUCUCAUUACUUUAAUGCUUCAUCUUUGCGAUCCUGAUAUUCAUGUUGUUAAGGCAUGUAAAUACACUUUGCGUCGGAUAGGACCAUAUUUGGAAAGUCCGAGAGUCAAUUCAAUGAUUCAGGAACACCUUAUAGAUGAGGCUAAUCUCCACUUCACCGACUUCAUAAGAGACUUCAUUAAAGUUAUGUCCGAUGAACUCCAAGACUUGUUCCCUCUUCUUCUCAUGACGUGCUUGUCUUAUUUCAAAAGCCAGUGGACAGACAUCAAGGGCAAUGCUGCUCUGAUUGCGGGCCUCCUUUUUUCUCUUAUGGUUCCCGAGAAUAAAGCGAGAGUUUCUUUGGAUACAGUUUGUGAUAGGUUGAUAAGAUUAUUGACUGACGAAAGCGAAGUUGUACGAAUAAAGGCUGUGGAGGCCAUUUCGUAUUUGUUUCUUGACUGAACGUUGCUAACUUCACUUAUUUACUCUCUUGUGAUAUAGUAUUUACUUAUUUGUUGAAAAUAUAUUCUAAACUUUUAAUUGUUGAAACUGAUUUUAUAUGAAUAUAUGGGAAUAAUAAAAGAUAUUCACGACCA